CAGUAGCAGCAGCCGCUGUCAUUCUUUAACGUUGUUGUCGCUAGUCAUCGUCAUGUCUGGUACGAGCUACGAUCGUGCAAUUACCGUCUUCAGCCCCGACGGACAUUUAUUCCAGGUGGAAUAUGCCCAGGAAGCCGUGAAAAAGGGAUCCACUGCCGUGGGUGUGAAAGGCAAAGAUGUUGUAGUUCUUUGCGUGGAGAAGAAAUCUGUCCCUAAAUUACAAGAAGAACGAACUGUAAGAAAAAUCUGUCUACUCGACGAUCACGUACUUCUGGCUUUUGCAGGGUUGACAGCUGAUGCCCGUAUCCUUGUGAACAGAGCACGUGUGGAGUGCCAGUCACACAAGUUGACUGUUGAGGAUCCAGUAACCCUAGAGUAUAUUACAAGAUAUAUUGCUACACUGAAGCAGAAAUAUACUCAGAGUAAUGGAAGAAGACCGUUCGGUACAUCAUGCCUUAUUGCAGGAUUUGACAUGGAUGGGACCCCUCACUUAUACCUGACAGACCCAUCUGGAACAUACACAGAGUGGCAGGCUAAUGCCACCGGCCGCAGUGCGAAAACAGUGCGAGAGUUCCUCGAGAAACAUUACUCUGAUGACGCUGUGUCCACUGAGGAAGGAGCCAUAAAGCUUGUUGUACGUGCCCUUUUGGAAGUGGUUCAGUCAGGUGCUAAAAAUGUAGAAGUGGCAAUCAUGAAACCAAAUGAACCAAUGAAGAUGCUCGACAUUGCCAGCUUGGAAAAGAUUGUCACAGAGAUUGAAAAGGAGAAAGAGGAGGAGGCAGAAAAGAAGAAGCAGAAGAAAUAGGAGUAACUUUGAUGAUGUAGGAUUAACUAUUCUUUGUGUUGCUUUUUGAUAUCAUUAAGAUUUCACCAAUUUGCAAUUUGCUUACGUAUAUAUAAAAUUUAUGUGUUAGAUUUAUUACAGCUAUUAAUUUUUCAAUAAAGGCUUUGAGAUCUAGA